UGCUGCAGUAGCUUUGACUGGACAGCGUGAAUGACACUCAAGAAACUCGUGUUCACACCGCAUGUGGCGCAACGGAGAGAGGAGGCGUAAACAUCAGAGUCGCGUAGCUAGGUAGCUAAGUAAGAUUAUGGAGAUGAGUAGCAGCGAGUGCUUCCGAUGUGGACGUCCUGGGCAUUGGAUCAAGAACUGUCCCGAGGCCGGGGGGCGUGGUCGCGGCAGGGGCCGAGGAAGAGGAAAGGAUCUGUUCUGCUAUCGCUGUGGAGAGCAAGGUCACAUUGCCAGGGACUGUGAACAGACUGAGGAUGCUUGCUACAACUGCCACCGGAGUGGCCAUAUUUCCCGGGACUGCAAGGAACCUAAGAAGGAAAGGGAGCAGUGUUGCUACAGCUGUGGCAAAGCUGGCCAUGUGGCCCGGGACUGUGACCAUGCCAACGAGCAGAAGUGCUACUCCUGCGGAGGCUUCGGUCACAUCCAGAAACUUUGCGAUAAAGUCAAAUGUUACAGGUGUGGUGAGAUCGGCCAUGUUGCUGUGCAGUGCAGCAAAGCCAGCGAGGUGAACUGCUACAAGUGUGGAAACACCGGCCACCUGGCCAAAGAGUGUACCAUCGAAGCCACCGCAUAAUCAGUGCCCUUUGUUGCCCCUCCUAUUUUUUUCUGAUUUGAUGGUUGGUUGUAUUAUUUUCUCUGAAUCCUCUUCACUGGCCAAAGGUUGGCUGACAGAGGCUAGUCCCGGGCCAGUGAGCCUCUCGACAUGUAAUAUGAAGAAAGGGGGGAAAAUAUCUUUAUGCAUUCAAUACAAAAAAAUGUUUGUUUAGUUUGGUAGCGGUGUUACAGUAUGUAUAAUGCUUUGUUAAAGAACCCCCUUUCCCAGCCACUGGUGAGCAGAGAUGAAUGAAUGGGACUAAAUAUAUGGGAUAUAGAGGACCUGGGCUUGUGGAAAGUAAGUCUCAGUAAGAUGGGGAGGAAGAAGGGAGUAAAAGGAAACCUGAACUUCCAUGUAUGGUUAUUUUUGGUUUGUUUUAGUGGGAAAACAUGAGUUGGCCAAGAGCGUAUGAUGUGGGAAACAGGUCACAGCAUAUGAUCCAUCUGCAUCUGGGCCCAACAAGCAGCUAAGUGCCGGGCGAUAACAAACUACGUUAUAUCGGUAAAUGCCGUUACAUUUUGGAGGAAUUGAAAGAAUCUUAAGUUCUUUUAUAAAAAAAGAAAUGUGUUUACAAUUUCAAGGAGCAGGCUAUCACAAAAUAGACCAAGGUAGAUUUUUCCCAAUAUGAUUUUGGAAAUGUUUAUCUUGGAGAAAAAAUUAGCAUCAAGAGCAGUUGUCAGAUCAUCAGAAUUAGCAGUUAUUUGGGAAUGGAGAAUGUUUUCACAGAAAUCAAAUGUUAUUUUUGUACAAUAUCACUUAGACUACUGUAAAAAUACCAUUUGCUUGUACUCAGUUUUUAAGUCGGAAGGAAAAUGCAACUGAAGUCCUAGAACAUAGAAAUGUAAUUUUAAACUAUCAAUAAAGCGGGAGGAGCACGGGGAAGAAGA